AUGGCAACCGCACUUGGCCCUGAGCGGCUAUCCCGCCCAACUCCCGGUCCUGCCUUCGACAGCCCUGCCAACCGAUUCGCUGUUUCGAUGAACUCCUUCAAUGGACCUCAAUCGCUUGGUUCCAAUGAUCAGGUUGAUGAACCACCGCCAAACCCACCAUUCGUCUUUCCAGCUCAAGCGCCAGGAUCAGCCUCCGCGCCCUCCUCUUUCUCACGAGCCACAGGCCGGCGUCCAAUGUCGGCCAUUGAGACUCCCAACUUUAGCUUUGGCUUUCCUGCUGAAAACGCGGAUGGACAGUCUCGGUCGGCAUUACCCGACUUCAGUUUCAAUCCGGGUGCUUUGCUGUCUCCCGACCGUGAGAACAACUUUCUUCUAACUCCUCCCAUUUCCCCUCACUCACCCAGGAAUGUUGCAUCUGCACAGCGACCAGGCGGCCACGGGCAUCGGAGAGGUGGAAGUGAAUUUGUUGGAGGCCGUCUUCGUGAGGGCAACUCGAUCGCCAUUAUGAGCACAAGUCCAACAAAAUCUGAAAGUGGGCUUGUGACGCCAACGUUUCAGCCACCGAGACGAGGUCACCGAAGAGGAAUUUCAGGCGCCAUCUCGACUAAUGACCUGCCUAUCCUCCAACCACCAGUUUUCGAUGCCUUUGAUCGAGGAAACAGCGCGCCAACCAGCCCCACCAACUUUGGACAGCCUAACAACCAGGCUCUACAGCUUGACGAAAAGAUCGCGCCUGUGCCUGAAACUGUGGCCAAAUCUGAGGCGGCAAAAGAGUCAGAAGAGACCGCAGUAUCGAAUUCCUCACCCAGCGGUAGCCUCAAGCAAUCAAAGGCUCGUGUUGGAUUUUCCGACACCCUCGAGUUUAUUCCCAGGCCUCUGUCUCUGGUAUCUAAUGAGACGUCUAGCACUGUAACAGCACGACCAGGCCACUCUUUAUCUGGCAGCAUCUCAUCAAUUGUGUCAGCAACAUCACACAGUGGCCGCGACAGCCCGUCGCCUCUAUCUCAAACACCCACCUUCGAAAUUUCGGACUCGAGACCGAGUACUGCAGGUGCUAUUCUUGAGCGUACGCAUGACCUGGCCAACACACCAUCCUCCCCAAGGCGCCGGAACUCGAUCCCGACACUGCUCAAUUUUGCCGACCCUCCUAAAGUAGAAGAGGCUGAACCGAGCCCGACAAGGAAGCGUUGGUCAUUCUUCGGCCGCGAGCCGUCAACUGGCAACGGAUCACCUACCAAGGCAAGACCUCAAAGUUCUGGCUCAAUUGACUUGCUUGCCAAGGUCACGGCCAUAUCUGGCCAUGGACCUGAUACGACUGGUGAGGGUACUGAUAAGGCACCAGUCAAGAGCAAGAGCAAGAAGAGUAAGAAAAAGAAGAAGAAGGUCAAGGGUUGGGCUGGGGCUAUUUUACCACGAAAACCCAAAUCUCACAGCAAGCGAUCGAAAUCAGAGGGGAGCUGUCCUCCUACUCCACCAACCUUGAGCGUCUCUCGAUACGAGGGCGAAGAUCAGAUGUAUGGAGAACCCGAGUUGCUUGACGUUUCGACACCAACUCUUACCGUUACCGAAUCUCCCGAUGUCCCUCAGGAGGGCGAGAAGCCAAAACGAUCCAUGGAUGAAUCGUACCCUAUGAUCGAUUUGGAUGCAGCUCUAGGCCCCUUCAAUACUCCACUACCUCUCAAUCCUGAGUGGGAAGCGGCACAGCGAGCUGCUGGUGGUGUAGGCAAACGUCGACUUCACAGUGCCCAAGGCAUGAAAGGCUUUAGUGGCCCGGGUAUGCAUUAUCAUCGACGUGCGGAAUCUGCUCCUGAUCUGCCUCCAUUCGAUGCUGGCCGUGCUGCUAUGCAUCGUUACAACAGCAGCUCCACUAUGGCUGAUGUGUUUGAAGAAGACGAAGAGGACGAUGACGACAAUGCUAGAUCUGGCACAACAGACUCAUCUUCUGACGAAGAGACUGAUUCUGACAGUGACGCUACGCCUCCGGCUGGUAAUGCUCGCGACCCUCUUCGGGAUUCUCAAGAUAGACUGUCAAUCCAUAGCUCGUCUCAGAGCAUGAGACGAACCACUUCAAAUCUGAGUGAGAAGGAUCAAGCUCCUCUUGCCGCAAUUCGAGCCGAACGUUCGAGGUCAUCUCUCCAUGAAAGUGUCAUCGCUGAGGAGAUGCCAAGCGUCAUCUUCCGAUCACCAUUCAUGCCUGCUGAGCAGAGCGAUUCCACUGAUCCAGCCAAUUCCUCGCUCAAGAGGUUUUCAGCCCACAAUGAUCUAUCGCCUGUAGACCUCAGUCCCCUCCAGCUUCCCACGCCAGCGAACGCACCAACCAGCCCUUGCGCUAUGAGCUACUCCUCUUCUUUCCCAUCUCCCAGGUCGCCCAUGUCUGUUGAUGUUCAACGAAUCUCGACAGCUCCAUCAUCGGUCGCAGACGAAAACAACUUCCGAUCCCUGUUGUUGAUGGGCGAGCCUGGCCCGGAGGUCCGAGUUUCUAUGGAUUACGACAUCCCCUCACUGACAUCCAGCAACUCUACAAUGACGCGAGAGAGCAUGUUUCUACCUAGCCAGCGUCAAUCGCAGCCCAUGCUCAGGGAACCUCGCCCCGUGUCAGUCUCUCGGCCUGUAUCAGUCUCAUCUGCUGCCUUCGGACGCCGAAGAUCCAGCCUCGCCAGCUUGAGUCGUCUCAUCAGCAGCUCUCACGGCGAGCGAAGCAAGCUUUCUAUGGAAGUUACGCUAGACGACGACAGCAACAAGAAGGCCAAGAGCAGCCGAACAAAGAAGCUGGGCCGUAUCAUGCAGUUCUGGAAGCCCACAAAAGAGAAGGACACUAUCAAGGAGAAAGAAGGCGAGGCGAAGUAA